AAUAAGAAAAGACAAAGACAUCCCGGCGGCCGCGGCUGUUCCCGCAGCUCCGCUCCGCCAGAGGCAGGCGAGGCUGUCGUUCCUGGGGCCCGGUCACCGCCUAUCCCCCGCAGGUGCUGCCCACCGCCACCAUGACCGAGGGCGCACUGGCGGCUGGCGAGGUCCGAGUGCCCCUGGGCGCGCCUGACCCGGGCCCUGCGGUGGUGGCGGGGGCGUCCCCCGCGAGUCCUGGGGCGCCGGGGCAAGAGACCGAGCGUGGGUCGGAGCCCGACGCGUCGCCCCCGGAGAGCCCAGCAGCUGAGCGCAGCGCAGAGCUGGGCGCCGACGAGGAGCAGCCCGUCCCGUACCCGGCGCUGGCGGCCACUGUCUUUUUCUGCCUUGGGCAGACCACGCGGCCGCGCAGCUGGUGUCUUCGGCUGGUGUGUAACCCGUGGUUCGAGCACGUCAGCAUGCUGGUCAUCAUGCUCAACUGUGUCACCCUGGGCAUGUUCCGGCCGUGUGAGGACGUCGAGUGCCGCUCCGAGCGCUGCAGCAUCCUGGAGGCCUUCGACGACUUCAUCUUCGCUUUCUUCGCGGCGGAGAUGGUCAUCAAGAUGGUUGCCCUGGGGCUGUUCGGGCAGAAGUGCUACCUGGGUGACACGUGGAACAGGCUGGACUUCUUCAUCGUCAUGGCGGGCAUGAUGGAGUACUCCCUGGACGGGCACAAUGUGAGCCUCUCAGCCAUCCGGACCGUACGUGUGCUGCGGCCGCUCCGUGCCAUCAACCGGGUGCCCAGCAUGCGUAUUCUGGUCACACUGCUUCUGGACACCCUGCCCAUGCUGGGGAACGUGCUCCUGCUCUGCUUCUUCGUCUUCUUCAUCUUCGGCAUCGUGGGCGUCCAGCUGUGGGCCGGCCUGCUGCGCAACCGCUGCUUCGUGGACAGCACCUUUGUCAGGAACAACAACCUCACCUUCCUGCGGCCCUACUACCAGACGGAGGAGGGCGACGAGAACCCCUUCAUCUGCUCCUCGCGCCGAGACAACGGCAUGCAGAAGUGCUCGCACAUCCCCAGCCGCCGCGAGCUGCGUGUGGAGUGCACGCUGGGCUGGGAGGCGUACGGGCAGCCACAAGCCGAGGGCCUGGGCGGCACCGGCCACAACGCCUGCAUCAACUGGAACCAGUACUACAACAUCUGCCGCUCUGGCGACUCCAACCCUCACAACGGCGCCAUCAACUUCGACAACAUUGGCUACGCCUGGAUCGCCAUCUUCCAGGUCAUCACGCUGGAGGGCUGGGUGGACAUCAUGUACUACGUCAUGGACGCCCACUCCUUCUACAAUUUCAUCUAUUUCAUUCUGCUCAUCAUCGUGGGCUCCUUUUUCAUGAUCAACCUGUGCCUGGUCGUGAUCGCCACACAGUUUUCGGAGACAAAACAGCGAGAGAACCAGCUGAUGCGGGAGCAGCGUGCCCGCUACCUGUCCGAUGACAGCACGCUGGCCAGCUUCUCAGAGCCGGGCAGCUGCUAUGAGGAGCUGCUGAAGUACGUGGGCCACAUCUGCCGCAAGGUCAAGCGGCGCAGCCUGCGUCUCUAUGCCCGCUGGCAGAGCCGCUGGUGCAAAAAGGUGGACGCCAGCAGCACCCUCCACGGCCAGGGCCCCGGGCACCGGCCACGGCGGGUGGGCAGGCGCACAGCCUCCAUCCACCAUCUGGUCUACCACCACCACCAUCACCACCACCAUCACUACCACUUCAGCCACAGCAGCCCGCGCCGGCCCAGCCCCGAGCCAGGCACCGGAGAUACCAGGCUGGUACGGGCCGGAGCACUGCCCUCGCCACCCUCUCCUGGCCGGGGGCCACCCGACACCGAGUCAGUGCACAGCGUGUAUCACGCCGACUGCCAUGUGGAAGGGCCGCAGGAGAGGGCCCGGGUGGUACAAGCUGCGGCCACCACCGCAAGCCUCAAGCUGGCCACGGGGCUGGGCGCCAUGAACUACCCCACUAUCCUGCCCUCGGCAGCCGGUGGUGGCAAAGGUGGCACCAGCCCUAGGCCUAAGGGGAAACAGGCCGGCCGACCCCCGGGAGCCGGAAGGCACAGCCCCCUUAGCCUGAGCAGCCAUGAUCCCUACGAGAAGAUCCAGCAUUUGGUUGGGGAGCACGGUCUGGGCCAGGCCCCCAGCCGCCUGUCUGGCCUGAGUGUGCCCUGCCCCCUGCCCAGCCCCCAGGCGGGCACACUGACCUGUGAGCUGAAGAGCUGCCCGUACUGCGCCAGCGCCCUAGGGGACCCUGAGUUUGAGUUCAGCGACUCAGAGAGCGGAGACUCCGACAGCAACGCGAUCUAUGAAUUCACACGGGACGUGCGGCAUGGGGACUGCCGCGACCCCAUUCAGCCACCCCCAGGGGAGGACACACGCGGCCGGGGCCUCACGCAGAGGCGGGCACAGUGGCGGGUGGCCUCUGGCGCGCAGGGCGGGCUGGGCCGAGCGUGGGCCACCGUCGGCAGCAAGCUUCGUAGGAUUGUGGACAGCAAGUACUUCAACCGCGGCAUCAUGAUAGCUAUUCUCACCAACACGCUGAGCAUGGGCGUCGAGUACCACGAGCAGCCGGACGAGCUGACCAACGCCCUAGAGAUCAGCAACAUUGUGUUCACCAGCAUGUUCGCCCUGGAAAUGCUGCUGAAGCUGCUGGCCUGCGGCCCGCUGGGCUAUAUCCGGAAUCCCUACAACAUCUUCGAUGGAAUCAUCGUGGUCAUCAGCGUCUGGGAGAUCAUUGGGCAGGCAGAUGGCGGCCUGUCGGUGCUACGGACCUUCCGGCUGCUGCGGGUGCUGAAGCUGGUGCGGUUCAUGCCGGCCCUGCGGCGCCAGCUGGUGGUGCUCAUGAAAACCAUGGACAACGUGGCCACGUUCUGCAUGCUUCUCAUGCUCUUCAUCUUCAUCUUCAGCAUUCUGGGCAUGCACUUGUUUGGCUGCAAGUUCAGUCUGAAGACGGACACUGGAGACACGGUCCCCGACCGGAAGAACUUUGACUCCCUCCUGUGGGCCAUCGUCACUGUGUUCCAGAUCCUCACCCAGGAAGACUGGAAUGUCGUUCUCUACAACGGCAUGGCCUCCACUUCCUCCUGGGCUGCCCUGUACUUCGUGGCCCUCAUGACCUUCGGCAACUACGUGCUCUUCAACCUGCUAGUGGCCAUCCUGGUGGAGGGCUUCCAGGCGGAGGGUGACGCCAACAGAUCUGACACAGACGAAGAUAAGACGUCCACCCACUUGGACGAGGAUUUCGAUAAGUUCCGAGACCUCCGGGCCACAGAAAUGAAGAUGUACUCCCUGGCCGUGACCCACAAUGGGCACCUGGAGGGCCGGGGCAGCCUGCCCCCCCCUGUCAUCAUGCGCACGGCAGCCACACCCAUGCCUACCCCCAAGAGCUCCCCAAAUCUGGACACAGCCCCUAGCCUCCUGGACUCACGGCGUGGCAGCAGCAGCUCCGUGGACCCCCAGUCGGGGGACCAGAAGUCUCUGUCUAGCCUCCGCAGCUCACCCUGCGCCCACUGGGGCCCCAACAGCGCCUGGAGCAGCCGGCGUUCAAGCUGGAAUAGCCUGGGCCGGGCGCCCAGCCUCAAGCGCCGCAGCCAGUGUGGGGAGCGUGAGUCACUGCUGUCGGGUGAGGGCAAGGGCAGCACGGACGAAGAGGCCGAGGAUGGCAGGCCCGGGGCGGGGGCCUCGCUGGGCACGCGUGCCACCCCGCUGCGACGGGCCGAGUCCCUGGACGUGCGGCCCCUGCGGCCAGCCACCCUGCUGCCCACCAAGCUCCAUGACUGCAACGGGCAGGUGCUGACCCUGCCCAGUGAGUUCUUCCUGCGUAUAGACAGCCAUAAGGAAGACCCCGCCGAGUAUGACGACGACGUGGAAGACAGAUGCUGCUCACGCCUGUACAAGGUUCUGGAGCCCUACAAGCCUGAGUGGUGUCGGAGCCGGGAGUCCUGGGCGCUGUACCUUUUCUCUCCACAGAACAGGUUCCGUGCCUCCUGCCAGAAAAUCAUCGCUCACAAGAUGUUUGACCACGUUGUGCUGGUUUUCAUCUUCCUCAAUUGCAUCACCAUCGCCCUGGAGAGGCCGGACAUUGACCCGGGAAGCACGGAGCGCGUCUUCCUCAGCGUCUCCAACUACAUCUUCACAGCAAUUUUCGUGGCCGAGAUGAUGGUGAAGGUGGUGGCCCUAGGACUGGUCUCUGGUGAGCACGCCUACCUGCAAAGCAGCUGGAACGUGCUAGACGGGCUACUGGUCCUGGUGUCCCUGGUCGACAUCGUGGUGGCCAUGGCCUCUGCAGGUGGUGCCAAGAUCCUGGGCAUCCUGCGGGUCCUGCGCUUGCUGCGAACACUGCGGCCUCUGAGGGUCAUCAGCCGUGCUCCGGGCCUCAAGCUAGUGGUGGAGACCCUGAUAUCGUCCCUCAGGCCUAUCGGCAACAUCGUUCUCAUCUGCUGCGCCUUCUUCAUCAUCUUCGGCAUCCUGGGGGUGCAGCUCUUCAAGGGCAAGUUCUACUACUGCGAGGGCGCCGACACCAGGAACAUCUCCACCAAGGCGGAGUGCCGGGCCGCCCACUACCGCUGGGUGCGGCGCAAGUACAACUUCGACAACCUGGGCCAGGCGCUGAUGUCCCUGUUUGUGCUGUCCUCCAAGGACGGCUGGGUGAACAUCAUGUACGACGGGCUGGACGCCGUGGGCAUAGACCAGCAGCCGGUGCCCAACCACAAUCCCUGGAUGCUGCUCUACUUCAUCUCCUUCCUGCUCAUCGUCAGCUUCUUUGUGCUCAACAUGUUUGUGGGCGUCGUGGUAGAGAACUUCCACAAGUGCCGGCAGCACCAGGAGGCCGAGGAGGCACGGAGGCGAGAGGAGAAGCGGCAGCGGCGCCUGGAGAGGAAGCGCAGGAGCACUUUGCCCAGCCCAGAGGCCCAGCGCCGGCCCUACUACGCCGACUACUCACCCACCCGCCGCUCCAUCCACUCGCUGUGCACCAGCCACUACCUCGACCUUUUCAUCACCUUCAUCAUCGGGGUCAACGUCAUCACCAUGUCCAUGGAGCACUACAACCAGCCCAAGUCGCUGGACGAGGCCCUCAAGUACUGCAACUACGUGUUCACCAUCGUCUUCGUGUUUGAGGCUGUGUUGAAGCUGGUGGCGUUUGGGUUCCGGAGGUUCUUUAAAGACAGGUGGAACCAGCUGGACCUGGCCAUCGUGCUGCUGUCCAUCAUGGGCAUCACGCUGGAGGAGAUCGAGAUGAGCGCCGCCCUGCCCAUCAACCCCACCAUCAUUCGCAUAAUGCGUGUCCUCCGCAUCGCCCGAGUGCUCAAGCUGCUGAAGAUGGCCACCGGCAUGCGGGCCCUGCUGGACACGGUGGUUCAAGCCCUGCCCCAGGUAGGGAACCUCGGCCUACUUUUCAUGCUCCUGUUUUUUAUCUAUGCUGCCCUGGGAGUGGAGCUGUUCGGGAGGCUCGAGUGCAGUGAGGACAACCCGUGUGAAGGGCUGAGCAGGCACGCCACCUUCUCCAACUUCGGCAUGGCCUUCCUCACCCUGUUCCGCGUGUCCACGGGGGACAACUGGAACGGCAUCAUGAAGGACACGCUGCGGGAGUGCGCGCGGGAGGAUAAGCAUUGCCUCACCUACCUGCCGGCCAUCUCCCCCAUUUACUUUGUGACCUUCGUGCUGGUGGCCCAGUUUGUGCUGGUCAACGUGGUAGUGGCCGUGCUCAUGAAGCACCUGGAGGAGAGCAACAAGGAAGCCCGUGAGGACGCUGAGAUGGACGCCGAGCUGGAGCUGGAGAUCGCGCAGGGGUCUCCUGCUCCUCCCAGGCCCGCAGCCCCACAGAGCCCGGGGGCCACGCCCAACGCCCCCAAUGCCCCCAACGUCCUGGUCGCCCGCAAGGUCUCCGUGUCCAGGAUGCUCUCACUGCCCAACGACAGCUACAUGUUCCGGCCUGUGGCUCCCGCCUCAGCCCCUCGUCCCCACCCUCUGCAGGAGGUGGAGAUGGAGACCUACGUGGCCACCGUCCCCUCUGGCUUGGUCACCUCUGAGCACUCGGCACCUGUGGAGUCCUGCGCCUCCCUCCAGGUCCCACCAGCCACAUCCUCUCCUGCCAGGGACAGCAACGCACUCCUCGCCUUGCCCCCUCGGGGUGCCGCUCGCUCCCCCAGCUUUAGCCACCUGCUCUGCAGACAGGAGGCUGUGCAUACCAACUCUCUGGAGUCACAGGUUGACAGCCCCGGGGACUGUGGCCCAGGCUGGGGAGAGCCUGGCGGGAAGACCCCUGUGAGGCAGGUGUCCCUGGGGGCCUCCCUGCGGUCCCCACCCCGCUCCCCAAGGCCCACCAGCAUCCGCACCCGCAAGCACACUUUCGGACAGCGCUGCGUCUCCGGCCGGCCGCCGGCCCCAGGCGGGGAGGAGGCAGAGGCCCCAGACCCCGCCGACGAGGAGGUCAGCCACAUCACCAGCUCCGCCCGAAGCCCCUCGCCCACAGCCCACGAGGCAGUGGGUGGCGAGCCAGACCUGCGCAGGCUCUACAGUGUGGACGCCCAGGGCUUCCUGGAUCAGCCGGGCCGGAUGGACGAGCACCGGAGGCCCUCGGUGGAGCAGGGCGGAGGGGACAGCCGCCCGGAGACCGGAGAGGUGAAGACCCGGGCCCUGGAGGCCGACCCAGCCCUGGGGGCACGCAGGAAGAAGAAGAUGAGCCCCCCGUGCAUCUCUGUAGACCCCCCCACGGAGGACGAGGGCUCAGCCCGGCCUCCCGCAGUGGAGGGCUGCAGCACCAUCCUGCGGCGGAGAACCCCGUCCUGUGAGCCCAUGGAGGGCGUGAGUGUGGACCCUGCGGCCAAGGGGGACCGGUGGGGCCAGGCCCCCUGUCGUGCAGAGCACCUGACCAUCCCUAGCUUUGCCUUCGAACCGCUGGACGUGGGGAGCCCCAGUGGCGCCUUGUUCUUGGACGGUGGCCACAGGGUGACUCCAGAACCCAGAGCUUCCUCAGGGGCCGUGGCGUCUGCCGAACCCCACAAAACAGAGUCUCCCGUGCUCUCUGGCGACCCACCAGAGAAGGGGUGGGGGCUCUACCUCAGUGUCCCCCAGAGCCCCCCAAAGAAAGCAGGGACCCCCCCAGCCAGCCCCACCCCCGGUGACAGUGUGGACGAGCCCGUGUAGCGGGGAGCAUAACGUCACAUGGUCUUGGUGCUGGGGUUGGGGUGUACCUGGUGGAGCGGUGGUCCCAGGUGGGGCCAGGCAUGGACCCUGGCUGGGGCCUUUUUGGGGGCAGAGGAGCCAGGAGAGCAUCCUUCCAGGGAGAGGGGGGCAGACACGAUCCUGGGUGAAGAGGAACAAGGUUAGCCCCUCGGCCUGCGAGCCUCCACUUGCCCAUUCAGGUUUGGGUUUUUUCGAGUGUAGCCUCCAUGAUCCGAGACUGUGCCAGCGGCCUGGUCAGCAGUCCCUUAAUGAAAGAGCUGCAUCCGUGUGACAAGGACCAGAAAGCGACGAAGAGGAAAAAGGCAGAGACCGCCCACCAGAGUCCUGUUCUCACAUCCACUUAUUUUUAUAGGGAACACAUGCUUAGGGCCACUUGUGCCAUCACAGGUGGCAGCUCAGUCCCCAAGGGCCCCUCGAGCACGCUUCACUGUUGCUCAGUCUGAAUUCCAUUUGUACCA